ACGCCAGAAGAAAUAGAAAGAUUGACAGUUGAUGAAGACCUCAGUGAUAUUGAAAGGGCUGUUUAUCUGCUCAGUGUCUUCCAAGGUCCAUGAGGAUGCACACUUAUUUACCCAGAGAGUAUGGAUCUCACUAUGUUUGUCCAGAGGGUGUGACUCUGUGGAGGAGAACACUUACUGGAAGUCCUGCAUGUUGCGGGAGUGGAAAUGCAGUUGACAGCUGCGGUGUCGUUCUUGACCAUUCUGCAGGAAGAAUCGGUGUCAGUUCAUACCUAUGCCCACUCCUUCCUCCAAGUCAUUCUGCUCCAUCUGGAGCACAGGGACGCAGGUGUGAGCAAUGCAUGGCUGGAGACUCUUCUGUCUGUGAUAGAAGUAUUGCCCAAAGAAACCCUAAGACAUGAGAUUUUGAACCCACUUGUUUCCAAGGCACAACUUUCCCAAACAGUCCAGUCUCGUUUAGUUAGUUGUAAAAUUUUAGGAAAAUUGACCAACAAAUUUGAUGCCCAUACCAUUAAAAGAGAAAUACUCCCUCUGGUAAAAUCACUCUGUCAAGAUGUAGAAUAUGAAGUUCGGUCUUGUAUGUGUCGGCAGCUAGAAAACAUAGCUCAGGGUAUUGGGACAGAACUUACAAAAAGCGUGGUGCUCCCUGAACUGAUAGAACUCUCUAGGGAUGAAGGCAGCAGUGUGCGUCUUGCAGCUUUCGAAACUUUGGUUAAUCUGCUUGAUGUGUUUGAUACAGAUGACAGAAGUCAAACUAUACUUCCCUUAGUGAAAUCAUUUUGUGAAAAAUCUUUCAAAGCUGAUGAAUCAAUUCUUAUUUCCUUAUCUUUCCAUUUAGGAAAACUAUGCCAUGGACUAUAUGGAAUUUUUACUCCAGAUCAACACUUGAGAUUUUUGGAGUUUUAUAAGAAACUCUGUACAUUGGGUUUGCAACAAGAAAAUGGACACAAGGAAAAUCAGAUUCCACCCCAAAUCCUAGAGCAGGAGAAGAAAUAUAUUUCAGUCCGGAAGAACUGUGCUUAUAACUUCCCGGCCAUGAUUGUUUUUGUUGAUCCUAAAAACUUCCACAUGGAACUCUAUUCUACAUUCUUCUGCCUUUGUCAUGACCCUGAAGUACCAGUCAGAUACACUAUUGCUAUUUGCUUUUAUGAAGUAUCUAAACUUCUGAAUUCUGGAGUAUAUUUAAUACAUAAAGAACUAAUAACAUUAUUACAAGAUGAAUCACUGGAGGUACUAGAUGCCCUCAUAGAUCAUCUUCCAGAAAUCCUUGAACUUAUGUCUACUGGUGGAGAGAGCAGUGUUCAAGAAAAUAAGUUAUCAUCUCUGCCUGACUUGAUCCCAGCCCUCACAGCCGCUGAGCAGCGAGCGGCAGCCUCCUUGAAAUGGAGAACUCAUGAGAAGCUACUGCAGAAAUAUGCCUGUCUGCCACAUAUCAUAUCAAGUGAUCAGAUUUAUUAUCGUUUCUUACAAAGAAUGUUCACAAUCAUGAUGACAAAUAAUGUCUUGCCUGUCCAAAAGGCAGCUUCACGAACCCUGUGCAUUUUUCUACGCUAUAAUCGUAAACAAGAACAGAGACACGAGGUCAUUCAAAAAUUAAUUGAACAACUGGGCCAAGGAAAGAGUUACUGGAAUAGACUUCGAUUUUUGGAUACCUGUGAAUUUAUUAUAGAGAUCUUUUCCAAAUCAUUUUUCUGUAAAUAUUUCUUUCUACCUGCUAUUGAACUGACCCAUGAUCCUGUGGCAAAUGUGAGAAUGAAACUUUGCUGCUUGUUGCCCAAAGUGAAGUCUACCCUGAAGAUCCCGGCAGAUAAGCAUCUGCUUCAGCAGUUAGAGAUGUGUGUGAGGAAGCUCCUCUGCCAAGAAAAAGAUAAGGAUGUUCUGGCCAUCGUAAAAAGAACUGUGUUAGAGCUGGACAGAAUGGAAAUGUCCAUGGAUGCGUUUCAGAAAAAGUUUUAUGAAAAAGAUUUGUUGGAUCAAGAGAAGGAAAGAGAAGAACUACUCCUUAUGGAAAUGUCUGCUGAGAGUUUUUAUGAAUGA